GCCCACGCUUCUAUCGUGACCACACCUGUCAGUCAGUGUAAUGCCGGUGAUGUGCAAUGCUGCAACAGUGUUCAAAGUAGUUCCAGUGCUGGUGCUGUUACUAGCUUCUUGGUUUUGUUGGGAAUUGUCCUUGGUGAUGUUGCUGGUCUCAUAGGUCUAGCCUGUAGCCCCAUCAGCUUAAUUGGCCUCAAUACCGGUGUCAUGCACCAAAGUUGA